GGGAGAUGGUGAUGGUUCUGCAGGGCUGUUGCUCUGGUUACCCCGGUACGGCCCACAAUCCCAUGUGGUGGUUGGUACGGUGUCUCAAGUGGAACUAAGUGUUGGUUCUGUCAGAAGCAUUUGGAGGAGCUGAGGGAGAAAUCAGUUCUAAAAAGCAGAAUUAUAUGUGCCACAUCUCUCCCCUCCUUGAGUAUCUUGUAAUUGCGGAACCAUCUGAGGCUGUUUGGUUAAACUUCAGUCUGAGAGUUUUGCCAGUUGGGGAGUUAAAACCGGGGAAUCGGUGGAUGGCGAGGCUCCUGAACAAGAUGCAUUUCUCGGCUCACAGGGUUACGCCACUCCGGGGGUUAAGUUAGAACUAGGCCCUGUUCAUAAUUUUUUUUCACUUUUUUUUAAAGAAAAGGACAUUCUUUGGUUCCUAAAAAGGUGCCUUUGGCAAAGAUGGCAGAAUUUGCGUGCCUGCAGUUUGUGAGUUCCUUUGCGUUUGAGGCGAUGCAGAAGGUGGAUGUGGUAAAACUUGCAGCUCUGAGUGAUCCAGAGCUGAGGCUACUCUUGCCCUGCCUGGUGAGAAUGGCACUCUGUGCCCCAGCUGAUCAGAGUGAGGCCUGGGCUCAAGACAAAAAACUCAUCCUGCGUCUCCUGAGUGGGGUCGAGGCUGUCAACUCUAUUGUGGCUUUAUUAUCGGUGGAUUUUCAUGCACUGGAGCAGGAUGCUACCAAAGAACAGCAGCUGAGGCAUAAGUUAGGUGGAGCAAAUGGGGAGAGUAUCCUGGUGUCACAACUGCAGCAUGGCCUAGCUUUGGAGUUUGAACAUAGCGACUCACCUCGUCGCCUUCGACUAGCACUCAGUGAACUGCUGGUGAUCAUGAACAAGGUGACUGAUUCAAAUGGAGAAUUUUUUAUCAAGUCUUCAGAACUGUUUGAGAGCCCAGUGUACCUGGAUGAAGUUGCAGAUGUGCUGUGUAUCCUCCAAGCAGAACUUCCAUCACUGUUGCCAAUUACUGAAGUGGCUGAGGCUUUGUUGCAUGUUCGGAAUGGAUCCUGGUUCAUGUGUUUGUUAGUGGCCAACGUCCCUGACAGCUUCAAUGAAGUUUGUAGAGGCUUAAUAAAAAAUGGUGAGCGGCAGGAUGAGGAGAGCGUUGGAGGACGACGCAGAACUGAGGCGCUUCGACAGCUUUGCAAAAUGAAUCCUACCCAGGCCUUAAAUGUUAGGGCCAUGGUGGUGGAGGAAUGCCACCUCCCAGGCCUUGGAGUGGCCUUGACCCUGGAUCAGUGCAAGAAUGAUGGCUCCGAAGAUACAGUGACUGACCUGGUCUCAUUUGUUAGUGGUUUAUUGCUAGGAACUAAUGCGAAAGUAAGAACCUGGUUUGGAAUGUUCAUCCGCAAUGGGCAGCAGCGGAAGCGGGAACGCAGCAGCUCGGUUCUGUGGCAGAUGAGGCGGCAGCUGCUGCUGGAACUAAUGGCAAUUCUCCCGACGGUUAGCAGUGGUCGCAUUGGUGAGGACACGGCAGACACCGACAUGGAACCUAACAUAUCAGUGUACUCUGCACUGAAGGAGGAAAACGUGGUGAAGGCUAGCGCAAUGCUGCGACUCUACUGUGCACUCAUGGGAAUCGCUGGACUCAAGCCAACUGAUGAAGAAGCUGAGCAGCUUUUACAGUUGAUGACAAGCCGCCCACCAGCAACUCCAGCUGGCGUUCGCUUUGUGUCCCUGUCCUUCUGCAUGCUGUUGGCAUUCCCCAGUUUAGUCAGCACACCUGAACAAGAGCAAAUGACUGUGAUGUGGUUAAGCUGGAUGAUUAGAGAGGAGGCAUAUUUUGAGAGUACCACAGGGGUAUCUGCUUCAUUUGGUGAGAUGCUGCUAUUGGUUGCAAUGUACUUCCACAGCAACCAACUCAAUGCCAUCAUCGACUUGGUCUGUUCCACUCUGGGUAUGAAGAUUGCAAUUAAACCAAGCUCACUGAACAGGAUGAAAACCAUUUUCACACAGGAGAUAUUCACAGAGCAGGUAGUUACUGCCCAUGCUGUGCGAGUACCUGUAACCAGCAACCUGAGUGCUACCAUCACUGGGUUCUUGCCCAUACACUGUAUUUACCAGUUGUUAAGAAGCCGUGCUUUCACAAAACAUAAGGUUUCCAUCAAGGAUUGGAUUUACCGACAAAUGUGUGAAACAACAACCCCCCUGCACCCUCAGCUAAUCCCUCUGAUCGAUGUUUACAUCAACUCUAUCCUAACCCCUGCAUCCAAGGCUAAUCCUGAAGCCACAAACCAACCAAUCACAGAGCAGGAGGUCCUCAAUGUGUUCAACGGCCUUACUUGGGGUGAGAACAACCGGUGUCGACAGAGGCACAGCAUCACAGCCCAGCUGCUGGUUCUCUAUUACACACUAUCGUAUGAGGAGACUCUGCUGUCCAAUGUCAAGCCAUUAGCAGCAGUACAGAAGAAGCCCAAGUCUUACUCUGCAGCACUAAUGGACCAGAUUCCUAUCAAGUACUUAAUUCGUCAGGCGCAGGGGCUUCAACAGGAGCUGGGAGGCCUCCACUCUGCAUUGCUGCGCCUGCUGGCCACUAACUAUCCUCACCUGUGCAUGGUGGAUGACUGGAUGUGUGAGGAAGAAGUGACAGGCACAGAUGCGCUGCUCGCCAGGAUGCUGCUGACCAGCCGGGCCAAACACCACUCACCCAAGAAGUUGCAGGAAGCUUUCCAGAUGGCUUCUACCAAUUACACUCAACUGAUGCAGACUUUGGAGGACUUGACGCUUCUGUCUGCCAGUGAGCUGAUCCCAUUUGCAGAAGCAUUGAUGUUGGAUUUGUAUCGGUUGCUGGAUGCAGAUGUUCCCCGACGAAUCCUCCAGACGGUUAACCAGCUUUGGAUGCUUCUCAACACUGUUAUGCCAAGGAGGCUGUGGGUGAUGACGGUGAAUGCUUUGCAGCCUAAAGCUAAGCUGCUCCGCCAACAGAAGUACACUCAGAAUGACCUGAUGGUUGAUCCGCUGAUUGUGUUGCGAUGUGACCGGAGAGUAUACAGGUGCCCUCCCUUAAUGGACAUUACCCUACACAUGCUCAAUGGCUACCUUCUAGCUUCAAAAGCCUAUUUGAGUGCUCACCUCAAGGAGAACGUGGAUCAGGACAGCAAGCCAUAUCAGAAUAACACCAUGGGAGUGGUGGGGCAACCGGAAGCCCCAGAGGUCACAAGAGAGGAACUGAAAAAUGCCUUGUUGUCAGCCCAGGACAGUGCAGCCGUUCAGAUUCUGUUGGAGAUCUGCUUACCUACUGAUGAGGAGAGACCUCACAGCACAGGAAAGAUCCUGAAGCAGCAGGACCAAACCGACGGUCUGUCUGAAUCCUUGGAGAACACGCGGGAGACUUUACUGAGCAACGUCCGGGAGGUGCAGUGUCUCAUCUGUUGUCUCCUACAUCAGAUGUUUAUUGCAGAUCCAAAUAUUGCCAAACUUGUUCACUUUCAGGGUUAUCCAAGUGAGCUGCUGCCUUUGACUGUAGCUGGAAUUCCCUCCAUUCACAUAUGUCUGGAUUUCAUUCCAGAACUGUUGGCACAGCCGCAACUGGAGAAGCAGAUAUUUGCUAUUCAGCUUUUGUCCCACUUGUGUAUCCAGUAUGCACUACCCAAGUCGCUCAGUGUAGCUCGCUUGUCUAUCAAUGUCAUGGGAACUGUACUCACAGUGUUGACCCAGGCUAAGCGGUUUGCCUUCUUCAUGCCGACAUUGCCCUGUUUGGUGUCUUUCUGCCGAGCUUUUCCUCCACUAUAUGAUGAUGUAACCUCAUUACUGAUCCAGACUGGACAAGUCUGUGCCUCACAUGUUGCCACUCAGGCACAGGAUAUUGACCCCAUCAUUACACGUCUCAAGUAUCUAAAGGAAAAGGCUGGAGUAACCCCUGACCUCUAUCGCAGUGCAGGUUUGGACAGGAUUAAAAAGGAUGAGACUAUCACACCAGAGAGUUUGGACCCUGAUGUGCUUCUGUGCCAGCGUGUUGAAGCAACAUUUCUGGAGAUAAUAAACACAGCUAUUGUUGGAGUUUAGCAUCAAAAUUGGGAAAGCUGCAUUUAAAGAAUGUGAAAGCAAUUCAACCAUCUCCCACAUGGUGCUACCACAAAAGUAACUGAAGGGUUUUGGGGCAAGUAAAACUGCAACUUUGCAUCAGAAUCAGAUAUAUUUGGUGCAUGCUCUGCCCAGCAGAUGCCAGUAUUUGUCUGAGUGCUGAAAUGGAUUACAAUAUCAGGACCUGACUGUUAGAUGCUGGUGGGUUUGACGCGUUGCUGUGAAAAAGUACAUUUUAAAAAAGAGGGAAUCCUUUAUAUAGCUGACGUAAGUUAAUUUUCUGAUCACCAUACUGCAGAUUAUCUUACUGUAAUAAAGAAUACAUUUAUACACUGAACAUAAUGUAAAAAUUGUGAAUAAUUCAAAUGUAAUGUGAUAAAUGCCUUUCAUAAGCCCAA